GUCACCCAUGAGGCUGGAGGCCGCAGCCAGGAUGGAUCUGUUCAGGAAGCUGUGGACCGCGAGGAAGCUGAUCGUCGUGGUGUUCAUCCCGCUGUCUCUACUCCCCUUACCACUCAUCCACCCCACCAGCGAGGCAUGCUGCGCGUACGUGCUGAUGGUGACGGCGGUCUACUGGGUGUCAGAGGCCGUCCCCUUGGGUGCUGCUGCUCUGGUCCCUGCCUUCCUCUACCCGCUCUUCGGGGUUCUCAAGUCGAGCGAGGUGGCAGCAGAGUACUGCAAAGACACCACUCUGCUGCUGAUGGGAGUCAUCUGCCUGGCCGCCUCCAUCGAGAAGUGGAACCUGCACAAGCGCAUCGCUCUGCGCAUGGUGAUGAUCGCAGGGGCCAAGCCUGGCAUGUUGGUGCUGGGCUUCAUGUGCUGCACAGUGUUUCUGUCCAUGUGGCUCAGCAACACGUCCACCACGGCCAUGGUGAUGCCCAUAGCUGAGGCCGUCCUGCAGCAGCUCAUCUGCACCGGUCUGGCCGAGAACCACGAGGACUCAGAAACUGCAGAGUCCCCCGAGGAUGACAGCGCUGUUUCAGACAAACAAGAUAACCUGAACAAGAACCACUUGGAGCUGCUCUAUCACAACGACAGUGACUGCUCCAAACAGGAGCUUUCUACACUAAGUGAGGUACAGAAUGAAGAGGUAAACGGUUUCGGUCUGAAGCUAGUCUCGAGCCAGGACUUCAUCACGCACACCAAUGGACACCUGCCGCAAGCUGCCAUUGAAAUCCCACACGGGAAGCGGGUGAGGGCCCGAAGAGACUCCCAGUAUCCCACCAAGAGGGACCACAUGAUCUGCAAAUGCCUGACACUCAGCAUCACCUACGCCGCGACCAUCGGUGGACUCAUCACCAUCACCGGCACGUCAACCAACCUCAUCUUUGCCGAGCAGUUUAACACUCGUUAUCCAGAUGCAAAGGUGAUAAACUUCGGCACAUGGUUCAUCUUCAGCUUCCCCAUCGCCAUCAUCAUGCUGGUCCUCACCUGGCUGUGGUUGCACUUCCUCUUCCUGGGCUGCAACUUCAGGGAAACAUGCUCGCUGAGUAAGAAACGCAAAACCAGGAGGGAGAUGUUGUCGGAGAAGAGGAUUCAUGAGGAAUACGCAAAACUGGGACCCAUCAGCUAUCCAGAGGUGGUGACCGGUGUUUUCUUCAUCCUGAUGACUCUGCUGUGGUUCACCAGAGAGCCGGGUUUCGUGCCUGGCUGGACGUCUCUCUUUGAGAAGAAAGGCUACAGGACUGAUGCAACAGUGUCUGUGUUUCUUGGCUUCCUGCUCUUCCUCAUCCCUGCCAGGCGACCCUUCUCCUCCUCCUCCAGCUGCAGAAACACAGAUGCUGACUCUGAGUCCGACCCUCUGGCUCCCAUGAUCACCUGGAAGGACUUCCAGAGACUGAUGCCAUGGGAGAUCGUCAUCCUUGUGGGAGGAGGCUAUGCACUGGCCGCUGGUUGUAAGGUGUCGGGCCUGUCGGUGUGGAUCGGCGGACAGCUGGAGCCCAUGAGUGGGCUUCCUCCCUGGGCUGUCACCCUGCUGGCUUGCCUGCUGGUGUCGGGGGUCACAGAGUUCGCCUCCAACCCGGCUACUCUCACCGUCUUCCUUCCCAUCCUGUCGGCGCUGUCAGAGACUCUGCAAAUCAACCCCCUGCACACUUUGAUCCCAUCCACCAUGUGCGUGUCAUUUGGGGUCAUGCUUCCAGUCGGGAACCCCCCCAACGCCAUCGUCUUCAGUUACGGCCACGUGAAGAUCAGCGACAUGGUGAAAGCGGGCUUCGGGGUGAACCUGAUCGGCGUGGCGGUGGUAAUGUUGGCCAUCACCACGUGGGGCGUUCCCCUCUUCGACCUGACUGAGUUCCCAGCCUGGGCGGUGGCCAGGAACGUCACCGGGAGCUUAUAACCACCAGUCUGACGGGGCCAGGUGGGAAAAAGAGGGGGAUGAAUCAGUGAGAGACGGAGUGCAAAUGUUUUUCUUAGUGGAAUGACCACAAGAAAAUGACACGUGUUGGACUGAGAGGAUGGUCUUGCGCAGAGUUUAGCCCUUUCUUAGACCGAUUAGACUGGCCCCGAAGGAGGAACAUGGAAGGAGGGAAGGAGUAGAUGAAAAGAGAGAGAGAAAAAAAUAACACCAUUUUGAAUUGCUUUAGAUUUAAGAAAUAGAAUUAUAUUUUUCAUCCAUAAGCGGUCGUCACAAAGGAAUGCUGAGUACUGACCACUGGGUGGAGCUUUGACCUCCAUUAACGGAGUUUGAUGGAGAUCCUGUUCUCGCCGAAUCACUGAAGACAUCCCUGGAAGCCACAGAGGUGUUGUAAUAACUAAUAUUUGUAACUGUUUUUGAUUCAUGAUAGAUAAACGGAUAGAUAAAGUUUUUAGAAAAAAUACUUUUAGAGCCACUCCGUGCCUUCUUCUGUGGAGUCGUUGGUUAGAAAUAAGCUGUAUGGCUGUUGUACGCAAGCUUCUUCUCACAGUGCGCUCGCUGAACUGCUGCUGAACUGAAUUGUGUCACACAUUCAUACAUUGCAACACGGUAGGCUGGUCUAUUUUCACUGUGGUUAUACGUUACAGUGUUCAAAUUAAAAAAUAAGAGCGGACUGCUGUAAUAAAACAAGGUACAAUGCAUGAAAAGAAGCUUUUUUACUUUGGCUGCUAAUGUGCCGUAUCCGAAAUCAAGCCUCACAGUUGUGCCCAGCAUCUUUUUCUAUACGAUCUGUAUCUAAAGAGAUACAAGCUUGUGUAUAUUUAGCACGAACUGAGAUCGUAUACACUGUCCAUAGACUGGGUCAAUAUCUUGACUGUUGUCUUUACCAAAGCUGAGUUUGUUUUCCGUUUUACUGUGAACAUGUUGAUGUUUGUCGCCCACAUUUGUCUCUGCAGCUCGAGCCUUUACCCGAUGCCUGUACAGCAAUAUUGACAUGACUGUUCUCUCGUGGGAAUCCGACCUCUCACCGUGUUAGUGCCUUGCUUUAACCUUCUGAGCAGUGCAGGUACCAUCCUCCCCCAAUCAUGGAAAGCAAAAGUGUACAUGCUUUUUUUUUCUGAGCCUUGUGCCUGCACUCCAGUAGGAUACCAAGAAUGUGUACUGUAGUGCCUUAUCACACCAUAAUGUUUUUUAUACUGACUGGAUUUCGGAGCUUACCUCUGCCUGUCUAGCUUUUUUCUUUGUGGAAGGCUUGAUAGGUUGAACACACCCCUGCCAUUAUUCAGCAGGGGUUGACUUGUCCAGUUUGUCAGCUGCUGCUUUUCUGUUAUGUUGGACACGUGGAAAGUGCAGAAUGAGAUAAUCAAGUCAUGAAAUCUGAGAAAUUUUACUCACUGUCUGAUGUCUUGAGUUAUGCCAAUGUAAUGAUCUUUAACCACGAAAAAUUAAAAAAGUUCAGAAUGUUAGCAGGCAAAAAAAAACCUCACGUUAACAAACCUUCAUCCAGCAUCAGUAGCUUCAGUAAAUUUCACAAUAUAUAUAUAUUUUUUAUGAAAUGUGUUUCUUCAGCAUGUUGAGCAACAGGAUUACCAUGUGUGGUCUUAAUUUGUCAGGGGAGGUGGGACUUUGCGUCAUUUUAAAUGUCCAAAGUGAUAAGAGUGGGCGAGGACAAGGUUGUGUGGUGCAAUAGUUUGUUCAAUCAGCUGUCAAAUCAGAGUCACUGUUGUCUGUCGAUGAAACGGUUUGCAAAGGUGUGCAAACAAAUGUAAAACAUAUGCUUUAUACUGUAUUUUUCACACAAAUUUGGAAUGUAAUUUGUGGCUUUUUUAUAUCACUACACUAUAAAUACGGGCCGUAGUGUAGGCAGAAUCAGAAAGAUAUGUUCGGGGUUUUUUUGGUAAUUUAUUCAGUUCUGCUGUACUGUAGAUUUCAUACAUCUCCAGUGUUGCAGCAGUGACCUUUGUACCCAGGGGCCACACUUCUUUGUAAAUACAUACAGAUUUGUAAUAUAAGAAAUAACGUGUCUUUACCUGUUUCCGAAUGAGUUGUAACAUCCCCAAAUUGUGUGUUCUACGUUUCAUUUGUACUCAACGCAGAUAGACACUACACUUGAUGAUACAUUAUACAUGUAAAACAAUAAUAAUAAUAAAAAACAAAUCACUAAAACCA